CAUGAAGCCAAACUGCUCAACCCCUUCUCUCUUUCUCACCUUAGCAUGAAAUUCGGGAAAAAUGCUAUAAUUUUCAUCUUAGCAAUGGGAGGGUUUGGAAAGAAAAAUGCACAGGUUGCGGAUUGGCAUUCUGUGAUUGCGAUCAAUCGUCAGCCAAGUACGAUCUAGCGCACAGCGAUCGAACGCACCAACCUGCGAUCGAUAGUGUUUCCAGGGAGCAUCUGGACCAGGCAGUACUGAAACUGCCUAACUGAAGAAGUAAUCAAGUUCAUGCAAGGUCGUCGAUCUCAAGCCUCAACCGUUUUUCCCCUCGAUCCUGAAAUUGAGUGGACAAUUCGACAAUGACCUAGAGACAAAGAAGGAGAAGACGAAGUUGAAAUGGAAGACGUGCCAGAAAAUCCAAUUGGGCCAAGACCCCUAGAAGCAAAUCCACCACGCGUGAGGAGACCAAUGAAGCAUGCAUACGUGCCAACAAACCUCCAUCAACCCUCAUGCAUAGCAUAUCAACCGGAGGUGGAUGGCAGUUAUUAUAUCUCUCCCCAAAUUCUCAAUGCAUUGACCCACUUCAGAGGCACAGCUACUGAGGAUCCCAACUUGCAUCUUAAGGAAUUCUUUGACUUAUGCAAGUUGCAAAAUGUUCAAGGCCUCACUCAAGAGAGACUCAGGUUAGUUCACUUUCCUUUUUCCUUGAAAGAUAAUGCUAAACUAUGGUACAAUUCCUUGCCUGCAGAGUCCAUUCAUACUUGGGAAGAAUUGACCACCAAAUUUCAGAAGAGGUUUUUCCCAGCCCAGAAGACAAAGCAACUUAAAAGGGAACUUCAAAUGUUCCAACAACGAGACGGAGACUUGUUCUUUGAAGCAUAGGAUCACUUCAAUUCCUUACUCCUAAAGUGUCCACAUCACAACAUAUCUCAAGAUGAGCAGGUAUAAAUUUUCUAUGAAGGAUUAGAUGACACUAACAAAGGGAUGGUUGAUUCAGCUUGCGGAGGGACACUUAUGGAAAGGAGUAGUGAGGAAGCAGUGGAAAUUUUUGAGACAUUAAGUGAACACUCACAGCAAUUCUGUUCACGAGGAAGGAGAGGAGUUAAGAGCAAGGGCAUGUAUGAGGUGAAUCUCAGUGGAGGAUCAACUAAUCAGUUGGCUGCAGUAGAAAAGAAAUUGGAUAUGCUUGUCAAAGCCAAGACUGUUCAGAAAACUUCACCUCUACAACAGGACACGCAAUGCCAGGUAUGUGCUAUUUGUUCCCAUUUAGAUCACACCACUAAGAAGUGUCCUUUUGCAGAACAAGAAGAGGUGAAAUUUGUGGGACAAAACAAUUAUCCCCACAAGAACAACCCAUACUCUAAUACUUACAAUCCAGGAUGGCACAACCAUCCUAAUUUCUCCUGGAAUAAGAAUCAAGGACAGCAGAAGGGGACCCAACAAGCACGUCAACCAGCUCAAGAGCCAAAGAUGAACCAACUAGAGAAUAUGAUACAUAGCCUGGUGACUUCACAACAACAAUUCAUGGCUGAUCAAAAACAUGUCAAUACAAAGACUGAGCAAGCCAUCCAAAAGCUGGAAGUGCAAAUGGGUUAGAUGGCAAAGGAGCUAAGUGAGAGGAAGCAGGGGGAAUUCCCAGCUCAAACAGUACCUAACCCAAGCAAUCACCAGCAGCUGAAGGCAGUCACAGUUCAAAGAGGUCCCACUCCUACAAGAGCACUUGAGCCUAAUUCUGAAGAGCUCAAGUGCAGCUCUUCAUACUAGGAGUCCUACAGCCAUCAGUAGAUGCAUUGAGCAAGCAAGAACCUCAAGCGCAUCUACCCACAAAAGUGGUACUGAUGCCACAAAGAGGACAGUAACAUUUUCUAUCUCGUUUUGUUUCAUCUCACUUUCUUCCUUCACACAUGUCUUGACUAUCUCUGAUGUUUUAACCUUUUAUUUUUCUUUUGUAAAAAAAGGAAAAAAAAAUUUCACAUUCUGAUACUACGAUUGAUUGCAGGGUACCUGCGAUUGAGCGUGGUAACCGAGAGGGGCUACGUAUUUUCUGUUAGUGCGAUUGAGCGCACUAUGCCCAGACAUGCGCGCCUCUGCCCAAAUGCGAUCGAGCACACUCGAACAGCAAGGCCUGCGAACUAUUUAGGUCAAUUUUUUUCCAUGGGCCACAACAUCUCUCCCGGCGAACUACCCUAAACAGUUCCUUCCCAAAUCUCCACCUCCGCCACUCAUCUUUCACCCAUUUUACAACUAGAUUUCACCAAACCCACUACACCACCACCAUCUAAGACCCUUUUCUGGCCACUAUACCACCAUCUUCUCACCGAAAGCCACAUGACAUGCCAACCUCACCCCAACCCUAAAACAUCACCGACCACUCCUCCAAUCUCCAUAUUUUUUCAAUUUUUUUUUUCUCGCAAUAGUGGGUGUUUAUCCACCCACAUUGCCUCUGUGUUGAAUUUGUGGUGUGUUUGCAGGGAGUUUGGAGCAUCCUUGGCCGAAGUUGUCAUUGUAAGUCAAUCGGAGUGCACACUACGUGUUCGACAAAAGUCCCCAACCAACUCCCUAAUGCCUAGAACACGUGCUCAGGAUAUUUCUCCCCCACCAGCUUUUGAAGAGCGGGAGCUCCUGUUUGAAACCACCUUCACCAUCAGAGAAGAUUUCCAAAAUAACGAGGCAACUCAAUGGGCGGUUGCCGAGUUUAGGCGAAGGGGUCUCAAGAAGCUCUUCAAAUCAGUCACCUCUACUGUCUACCGGAAGCUGGUUGUUGAAUUCUACGCCAAGCUCUCCCAUGAUUGUACCAACUUGGCCGCUAUCUCCUUCAAAGUUUGAGGGCAAAUUGUGCAUGUGACGAGAGCUGACAUAGCUGCUGCAUUGCAAUGCAACGAUGAGCAUCCUCCCGAAACUGCCAAUCUUGCUGCGCAACCGGCCCGCUAUUAUGUGGCAGAGAUCAUCGAAGAUAUGUGCCAAUGGGACUAUGCAGAUGCCCACCACAAUACUGGCAACCGGUUCAAGUUGCCACGAAGGUUAUGGUUCGUGGAUUCGCUGCUUCAUCCCAAUGCCUUCCCCUUGGGACACAAAACGCAAAGGCGAUAUCAAUUUCUACAAACCCUUUACGCCUUUCACAAGGAUGCCUGGUAUUCCAUUCCUAAAAUUAUCUGGAACCAAAUCUACAAAUUUUGGAAUGGAGUACAUGUUGGGGGAGCAGAGUCCACUCACUCAUGGGGGUUGCCGUUCCCAUACUUAAUCACAUAUAUUCUUCGAAAAAAGGGAAUCAAGGGCACUGCAGCAGACGAACUAGUCACAACCACUCCCAUAUUUGGCAUUCGCCAAUGGAAUAAGAGUUGCUCUUAUAUGCCCCAAGCACUUCCAGAGGAAGAGGAAGAGGCAGAGGAGGCUGAGCCCAUGGCUGAAGAUGAAUCGGCAACUGAGCCGGUGGCAGAAGUUGAAGAAGAGGCCUCCAUUGAUAUUCGAGCCAUCCAAUACCGAUCCAUUUGUGAGCGAAUGGAGGGUCUUAGGAGAGAACUAGCUGAUCAAAGAAUGGAAGCUAGGGAAGAUAAGGUCACCAUGGACAAACGUUUAGCUGUCCUGGAAAAUCUGAUGCAGUCCAUAGGUUACCACCACCAAAUGGAGCAUCUACGUCUAGGCAACACUGAGAGAGGACCAAAGUCUGGCAUCUACGUGCUAGUUGGAAUAUAUAUAAAAUAAAUAAACCUGAAAUAUAUAUAUAAAAGAAUAAAAAAGAAACUGUUUUCUGACGUGUUUUAGCAUGUCAGAAAACAGUUUUUUUAUUUUUUAUUUUUUAUUUUUUUUAUAUUACUUG